AUGGCAAGAAAGUUUAGACACAUCAUUGGAGUCAUAAUUGUGGGGCUUUUUAUUAUAUGGCAAUAUCGUUCAUCAAUUGGCAGCCAUGAAUAUUCAGUAUCUACUAGUGUGAAAAUAAAUGACGAACUUUUCAGAAAUUUUACUUUUAUGACAUUCGAGCAUGCAAGUAAACUACAGAACUGUUUUGGCGGGCAGAUAACGAUAGAAUAUUUGGAUGGUUCAGACGAGGGUGGAGAUAAAAAUAGUAGUAUCGCGCUCAACAUCGUUAAGCCCUUAUUUCCGAAGAAAAUUGAAUUCGCCACUAGCAAUCGCUCAAUUUCUAUGGCAUCACAAAAGACUGCAGGUUAUGUUCGGGUUUGGCGCUAUUGGGAGCAAAUGACUAUGAGUACUCGCGCUUUAAUCAGCCUGGCAGGCCAAGCGAAACUCGGAAAUAGAAAAGUCCAAGCACCAAGAGUAAAUAAUUCUCUGUUUGGUGCAAAUGAUGGGUACUCUCUGGGAACCUAUUUCAAUUUGACUCAUUUUAAUCAGGUACUCAUUUUUGGCGAUUACGCAACUUUGGUCGGUGAGAAAGACUACGAAGCUGAAUGCUCAUUGGCUGACGCAGGUCACGUGGCCAUAUACUUUCUUUAUGAAGGUAACGAGGGAAAAACAAAACAGAUGUUGCAAUUGAAUGAAAAACAGUAUCAUGACAUCAACAAAAAAGCAGGAAAGGUUGGUUGGACAGAAUGCCCGAUCCUCGGAAACUACACCAAAGAAAACUCGAAGACAAACUUUUUUUGCGUCAACGUUAGUAAGUUCACUGAAUGGGACAAGUUAGAAAAUAAAGUCAUCAAAGGUGCAAAAUGUUUGACGCUCUCGAAUUGGCGUGGAAUAGGAAGUAGUUUCAGAACCCACUUCUCUAGCAAACAUCUCAAAUUUCAUGAGAGGGACCUACAUUUUGCACUCAAACCAUCGGAAGCUAUUUUGAAGGAAGCGAACAUGUUUCGUCGUGUGUUACGUGGGCCUUACAUAGCUGUGCACGUCCGAGGGGAAAAGGUGUUUUCGGCGCACAAUUUUUUCCGACUACAAAGCUGCCUGCGUGUUUUACACGAGCUCGUAAAAGUGCUCAAAGCUUUAUCCGGUAUCACGCAAGUGCUGAUCGCUUCAGAUAUGUCAAGGUUUGGCUCUGGUGCGUGGGGAAGUUUAUUGAAUAAACCUAAGGAACAUCAAACCUUGAGGGAACUUCACAGUUUCCUUAUAACAAGUACCGGUGGAAUCGAGUACACACCAACAGCUGACGAUGUCGAUCGCGGCGUAGUUGCGUUGGUUGAAAUGACUCUUCUAGCGCGUGCGACGCAUUUAAUAACAGUAGGCAAGGGAUCUUUCCAAGAAUUGAUUGUUGCAAAAUUCCUAGAAAUCCAUCGUGAAGAUAAUCAACCACAAUGGUCGCUAAUCACAAUGUGUUCUGAUUAA